CUGUAGACGUAUUUCCUUGACAUUUGAAUGCCCGCCACGACAGAGCACAAAUCCCUCGCUACAGAGCCAAUGGCUGAGGAAGAAGCUUGGAUGGAAGAUGGUAUGGCCGCAGACAAGUUAUUCAACGCUUCAACGACCGGUUACACUUAUGAUGACAUCAUUCUUAUGCCCGGUCAUGUGAAAACUAACGUUGACGAAGUGUCAGUAAAGACGAGGAUCACGAAGAAGAUCUCCUUGGCUGUUCCUAUUGUGUCUUCCCCGAUGGAUACAGUCACUGAGCAUCACAUGGCCAUCGCUGUGGCACAGAUGGGCGGUCUUGGCGUCAUCCAUAACAACAAUGAGAUUGCGGAGCAGGUCGCUGAGGUGAGAGCCGUGAAACGCUUCAAGAACGGCUUCAUUAUGGACCCCAUUACUCUUGGUCCGGAUGCUACCAUUGCUGAUGUUGACAAAAUCAAGGCUACUCGAGGAUUCUCUACUGUGCCUGUUACAGAGAGUGGGUCGAUGGGUAGCAAGCUGUUGGGGCUGGUCACCAGUCGCGACAUCGACUUCAGGAAGGACAGGAGCAUCAAGCUCUCGGAGGUGAUGACGCCUGCCGAAAAGCUGGUCGUGGGCUGCGAUCCCAUCUCCCUUCCUGAGGCCCAUCGCAGGAUUAGGGAAUCGAAGAAGAACAAGCUCCCUAUUGUGAAUAAGAAUGGGGACCUCGUGGCUUUGAUCUCGCGUCAAGAUCUAAAGUCUUCCCGUAACCACCCCAAUGCUACGUUGGAUGCCAACAAGCAGCUCAUGGUGGGGGCUGCCGUCAGUACCCGUCCAUGCGACGAGGCUCGUGCUCAGCAGCUCAUCGAAGCUGGUGUCGAUGUGAUCGUAGUUGACUCUUCCCAGGGAUGGUCUGACUACCAAGUUAACUUCAUCAAGAGGAUCAAGCACGACUUUCCUACCAUGGAGAUCAUCGCUGGCAAUGUUGUGUCGGUCCGACAAGCUAAGGCCCUUCUGGAUGCCGGCGCCGAUGGCAUCCGUAUCGGGAUGGGUAGCGGCUCUAUCUGCACCACCCAGGAGGUGUGCGCUGUCGGCCGUGCUCAGGGUUCCGCUGUCUAUCAUGUAAGCAAGUUCGCAGCGGAGCGAUACAACGUUCCUUGCAUCGCUGACGGAGGCAUCCAAACCUCUGGUCACAUCAUGAAGGCUCUCUCACUUGGUGCGUCUGCGGCUAUGGUGGGAUCUCUUUUUGCUGGCACCGAGGAAACCCCUGGUGAGUUCUUCUGGCAUGAUGGAGUGAGGAUGAAGACAUACAGAGGAAUGGGCUCACUAGAAGCCAUGCAGAAUCGUUCCGGUGAGCGUUAUUUCGCUGAGUCCGCCAACAUCAAGGUCGCACAGGGAGUGAGUGGAGCUGUUGUUGAUAAGGGAAGUGUCACCAGCCUCAUCCCAUACAUCAUGGAGGGUGUGAAGCAAGGUAUGGCUUAUGUGGGCGCUCAGAGUGUGCCCGAGCUCCACGCCGCUAACGUCAGUGGAGAGCUCAGAUUUGAGGCCCAAACUGGAAGUGCUAUCAAGGAAGGUGGCGUUCACUCUAUGUUAAAGUUCUCUAACAACUCAAGCAAUCGCUCUGGUGGAUUUGCCUGUUCGGCUGUUGCGUGA